AUGUACGAACAUGAGCUAGAAAAUCGGAGUGAUGAACAAGAGGUGAUAGUCGUCGAUCAGACGCCCACACGAGAGCAGAGUGAGGCUGCACGACGCGCAGAGAAAUUUGAGAGAAGAGCUAUGAGAAAACGCAUAGCACUUCUCGACCAAGCGCUUGCACGCGCGAGGGAGAAGGCAUACAAGGCACAUUACCGGGCGGUCAAUCUGGGCGAAAAGGUCGAGGAGGAACGGACAUCCCUCGUCGAGGACUUGCUUCCAUACCACAGGCGCAAGGCGGCAAGAUCGAAACAAAGAGCCAGAAAGCACCACACGGAGCUUCUUGACCGAUUCUUCCGACUGCCUAGAGAGAUCCGCGACUUGGUAUAUCACCACGCCUGGAGCGGCACAAUGACCUCCUUCUACCAAGAGCUGACAUGGAACUUCUCGGAGCACGAUCCAAUCCCUUGGGGCCCAAUCGUUACGGCCGAGUAUUCAUGUACUGGUCCAUACAGGGCUAGCCUCAUGUCGGUAUGCGAUCUUGUAACACCAGAGAACGGAGGCACCUGCAAGGGACCUAGACACGCCCAAGAGUAUGCAUGGAUAUGGACGACCCAGCAGAUCUUCUCGGAGUCUACGGAGCAGUUUUAUCGCUAUACCCAGUUCACACGAUCUGCGCGGGCUGAGGCCCACUACUAUCAUAUGUGCGCGCAUAUUGUUCCAAGGCACAAGUUGUAUGAGUCGGCGUACGCUUUUCCGAACAUUCUCCUGGCACGCCACGUAUUGCUCGAUGUGGGACACGAAGCAUCUCUUCACAUAGCCAACGAUGGCAUACUGGCCUCGAUUCUGGAACUGCUGGCUAUGGCGAAGAAAUGUAAGGAGAAGAAGGCGCUGCGGGUGAGUUGGAAAACGAACACAACGGACACAAAACCAUUUCACCUCAAAGAUUUGGUUCCUGCAAGUACGCCUCACUCGAUGGCUGCAAGAGCCUUCGAAGAGUUGGUGUUGAGAGAUCUGGAGCGGGUAGGAUGGGAGAUCACGAUCGAUAACCAUCCAACGAUACAAUAA